AUGCAAUACAACAUACGACUCCCAAUACUAUCCAGUAUCCUCCUACUCACAUCACAGAUCCAACCCGCAUCAGCAAACACGGAAAAAGUCAUAUUCCUCGGCCCAUCAACCCUGAAUAUACCCAUAGAACAUCCCACACUCGAGGACCUACAUCUCUCAGCACUAUCACCACAACAGUACUCUCUACGAACACACAUUCGCGCCGAAUUCCCUACCAAGGACGCCAAAUAUGGACAAUCUACCUGGUACCUUCUGCAGCGAUUGAAGGAAGGGCAACGAUACGAAGUGCGGAUAUGCUGGGCAGCUACUGAUCCCACCUCCUUUCGACUUAAUACUUAUGAUUUAACCACGGUUUUCGAAACUCCGGGUUUAAUUACAUCUCUUGCACAAUAUUCCGAGACUCGUCAGCCCGUAUUUAAUGAUGUUCAAGAUCAUGCACCUAAAACCUCCCAGGCGGACUUCAAAUACAUGCACAAGCAAGAUGAUGUCUCUUCGACGUUAUUCCUACAGAUUUAUGCUGCUGCUGAUUAUUACACGAUGAAUCAAACUCUCAUGGAGAAUGUUCCACCUGUAUUAGUCGACAUUAUUUUGGACCCUUAUAUCUUUAACAUCCUUCCAAGAUCUUUAUUACCAACUAUCGCAUAUGUGAUACUACUUGCUGUCGGAAGCUGGUAUGUUUCCAAAUACGUCAUGGAUUGGAUGUACGAAAUAGGGACCGAUGACUUGGAUAGUGAAAAGAAAGAUUUAUGA